AUGUUAAAAUUGAUUUUUAUAAUACUUUUUAUUAGUCCUAUUUGUUUUAUGAACGGUUUAUUUUGAAUGGUUCAGAAUUUAUUAUUUAUUGUAACUUUUGUUUUUAUUGCUUUAAAUUAUUGUACUAAUUAUUUUGUAAAUAUUUCAUAUUUUUUAGGAUUUGAUGUUAUUUCUUAUGGUCUUAUUUUAUUAAGAUUUUGAAUUUGUACACUUAUACUUAGUGCUAGUGAAUCUGUUUAUAAAUAUAAUAAUUAUAAAAAUUUGUUUUUAUUUAAUAUUUUAAUUUUGUUAAUUUUUUUAGUGUUAACUUUUAGAAGAAUGAAUUUGUUUAUGUUUUAUUUAUUUUUUGAAAGAAGACUAAUUCCUACUUUAUUUUUAAUUUUAGGCUGGGGGUAUCAACCAGAGCGUCUUCAAGCUGGAGUUUAUUUAUUGUUUUAUACGUUGUUGGUUUCUUUACCUAUGUUAGUAGGAAUUUUUUAUUUAUAUAAUAAUUUAAAUACAAUAAAUUUUUAUUUAUUGAGUAAUUAUAUAUUUAAUUAUGAUUUGUUAUAUUUAUCUUUAAUUUUGGCCUUUUUAGUUAAAAUGCCUAUAUUUUUAGUUCAUUUAUGGCUUCCUAAGGCUCAUGUUGAAGCUCCAGUUUCAGGGUCAAUAAUUUUAGCUGGUAUUAUAUUGAAGCUAGGGGGGUAUGGAUUGUUGCGGGUUUUCUCUUUUUUACAGUUGAGAGGUAUCAAAUAUAACUAUGUAUGAGUUAGAAUUAGAUUAGUGGGGGGAGUUUUAAUUAGUUUAGUUUGUUUACGUCAAACGGACUUAAAAGCCUUAAUUGCUUAUUCAUCUGUUGCCCAUAUGGGAAUUGUUUUAGGGGGUCUAAUAACUUUAACAUAUUGGGGUCUUUGUGGUUCUUACACUUUAAUAAUUGCUCAUGGGUUGUGCUCAUCUGGGCUAUUUUGUUUAGCCAAUAUUACAUAUGAGCGAUUGGGAAGUCGAAGUUUAUUAAUUAAUAAGGGAUUAUUAAAUUUUAUGCCUUCAAUGACUUUGUGGUGAUUUUUACUAAGAGCUUGUAAUAUGGCUGCUCCUCCUUCUCUAAAUUUAUUGGGAGAAAUUUCUUUAUUAAAUAGAAUUGUAAGUUGAUCUUGGGUUACAAUAAUUUCUUUGUCUUUAUUGUCUUUUUUUAGCGCUGCUUAUACUUUAUAUUUAUACGCUUAUAGUCAACACGGAAAGAUUUUUUCAGGGGCUUAUUCAUUUAGAGGGGGUAAGGUUCGUGAAUUUUUUUUAUUGUUUCUUCAUUGAUUUCCUUUAAAUUUAUUAAUUUUAAAGAGAGAUAUCUGUUUAUUUUGACUUUAG